CUAUAUGCAGCAGAUCCUGUCAUUGGCGUGGUAGUUGUGUUGCUCCUAACGUCUGCCGCUGUAGGAGUGGGUAUACUGGAAGUUCCUGUCAAACACCUGUCUGUAAUCCUGGCUGUCAGUUUGGGUCCUGUACAAGUCCUGGCGUUUGUUCUUGCUACCAUGGGUACACUGGUAGUCGUUGCCAGACACCUAUAUGUUAUCAAGGUUGUCAGAAUGGAGGCAGUUGUGUUAGUCCAAAUACAUGUAAAUGUCCAGCGGGCAUGUACACUGGUUCGAGGUGCAAUGUCCCUAUUUGUACACCGUCAUGUAAGAACGGAGGGACUUGUUCCCAAUCAAGACACUGUGUGUGUACGAAUACCUAUCGAGGAAGGGACUGUGGGGAUCCUGUCUGUAGGCCUAGCUGUCUGUUUGGAACUUGUAUACGUCCUAACGUCUGCUCUUGCUACCCGGGAUACACUGGUAGUCUUUGCUCGACACCAAUAUGUUAUCCAGCUUGUCAGAAUGGAGGCACCUGUGUUAGUCCAAAUACAUGUAGUUGUCCAAACGGAAUGUACAGUGGUUGGAGUUGCAAUGAACCCAUUUGUAAUCCGUCAUGUAAGAACGGAGGGACUUGUUCCCAAUCAAGACAGUGUCAGUGUCCGAGUACCUAUCAAGGAAGAGGAUGCGAAAUUCCUGUUUGUAGUCCAAACUGCAAGUUUGGUUCCUGUAAAGGUCCAGACUUCUGCUCUUGCGACUCGGGGUACACUGGUAGACUUUGCGAGACACCUAUCUGUAACCCUGUUUGCCAGAAUGGAGGCGUUUGUGUCAGUCCGAAUACUUGUAAUUGUCCAGCGGGCAGGUACACUGGUCCGGGAUGCAAUAUUCCUAUUUGUAUCCCGUCAUGUAAGAACGGAGGGACUUGUUCCCAAUCAAGACAGUGUGUGUGUCCGAGUACCUAUCAAGGGAGGGACUGUGGAGAUCCUGUUUGUACACAACCUUGCCAGAAUGGAGGUACAUGCAUUUACCCUGACGUAUGUUCAUGUGAUGAGACUUAUACGAGGCCUCUUUGCGAAAUACCCAAAUGUUCCUAUCAUUCUCCAUGCUUUCCUGGUACGUGUGGUAAUGAUUCCGUUACUUGUCAAUGUUACCAAGGGUUUUCUGGUCUGGAUGGAAUUCAGCGAUGCAGGGAAC